UUCAGUAUUCACAAUUUCACAUGUAUUACAACAUUUUAAAGCUGUAUAAAUACAUAUAAUACAGUUUAAUAUUAACGCUUUUAAAUUAUUGUACUAAUACAGUAUUUCGCUAGAUAUUGAUUAGAUGAAAUGUUGAUUAGUAUACGGACUAUAUCAUUUUGUGCGGAACAUAAAGGACUAUUGAGGAAUUUAAUGUAUAUAUUUUCCACCCACUGUGUCAGUCGGCUUAAACCGGAAUAGAGUCAUAACUCAAGGAAUAAAGUGCGACUACGACAUUAAAUAAAAGGAAAGUCAUGAAGAAAAUGCGUGGAAAACGCUGUGAAAUAGAACAAGAUGGGGCACGUGGUUGGCUUGUUGUUUUUGCUGCGUUCAUGACACAUCUUAUAACCCAUGGCAUUGUGUAUUCGUACGGUAUAUUAUUUUUGGCAUUUGAGGAUGUGUUUGGAACAAAUAAAGCAGAGAUUGCAUGGAUUGCGUCAAUUACUACAGGGUCAUUGUAUUUAUCAGGUCCGUUGGCAAGCAUUUUCCUUCGUCGUCAUGGUAGCCGACUGGUUGCUAUGACGGGGGCUGUUGUGUCGUCUGUCGGAUGCUUUGUUACGUUGUUUACACCAAACUUGUAUUUUAUGUAUGUUUCACUCGGAUUCCUGACAGGUCUUGGCUAUGGAUUGAUAUUUAUCCCAGCUGUUGUUGAGGUGACACUGUAUUUUAAGAAAUAUAGAGCUCUUGCUUGCGGUAUUGCUGUUGCUGGGGCUGGUGGAGGCGCAUUUGUCUUCAGUCCUUUGAUAGAAAUGCUUCUGGACAUGUAUGCUUGGCGAGGGACGCUUCUCAUUUGUUCCGCGCUGCUACUAAACUGUGUACCAUGUGCCUUGAUAUUCAGAAAUAAAUUCACUACAGACGAAACUCCAAGAAAUUCUAAUUAUGAAAAGGUGCAAUUCAACGAUAUUUCAGAUAAGGAAAAUGACUACUCUCAAAAGAAUAACUGUGAUACGCAGUCUGCUGGUGCAAUAUCAGAAUGUUAUAAAGAAAAAGAGAUAAUAAUAGAAAAGGAACGCCAGAGAAUGGAAAUUGUUAUAGAGAAAUAUGAUACUUUCAACACAGUUAUUCACGCUAAUAAAGAAGAAGAACCUGAAGUUAAUGAAAAAAUGCUGAAAGACGGGGAUAAUGUUGAAGAUAAUGCAAGUACAAAAGUAGGAAGACAUCGCUGUUUAUCUUUAUCGAAUUUGACAUUAUUUAAGAUAUUACGACAAAGGGAGAUGAUUCUUUUCUACAUCGCACAAAUUAUGUUUUUCAUUGGAUUUUAUUUCCCUAUUAUAGGAUUACCUGGCAUGGCCAUUCAAUACGGUAUCGACGAGUCAAAAGCGGUUUGGAUUAUAUCGACCAUUGGGAUAUCAACGGUGUGUGGACGUGUUGUUCUUGGAUACAUGGCCGAUAAAUCUUUCAUGAACAGCCUAUUCCUGUACAAAGUCGCUCUCCUCACUUCCGGUAUUAGUACAGCGUUUGUGCCUUUGUUGUCUAAUUUUGCUGCUUUGAUAAUCUAUGCCAUCAUUUUCGGAUUAUCUACAGCGGUGAUGCUGUCCCAGACAACAGUUGUCCUUGUAGAAAUCGUUGGAAUAGAAAGAAUGGCCGAUGCAAUGGGUCUUAACAAUAUGUUUUGUGGAAUAGGCGCUUUGAUAGGUCCUCCAGCUCUAGGUGUUCUUUACGACCAAACCGGAAGUUACACGCCUCCAUUUGUCGUGUCUGGAAUAGGAAUAGCUUUUGGUGGUGUUCUGCUAUUUCUUAUGCCAUGUUGUCCAAAGUAGCGACACAUUAUAUUUUUAUAUUGCUUUAAUGAUUAUUUGCUUGAGGUAUCGAUGAUUUUAGAUAUUGGCACACCAAAUCAAAUUUCAAUGACAAAUUCUCUUAAGCCUAAAAUAUUUCGUUGAUUAUGCAAUUGAGGCAAAGUGUUUUUAAGAAACUUAUUCUUGUUUUGUUAAAAUAUUUCUACAACUGUCGCAAAGAACGGGAAUAUGAUAAUGUGUUUUGUGUUUAUUUUUUGAUCCGCCGGCUUGUAACUGAAUUUUUGUAUGCGGGCUUAUGUUGACAUGAUUUUCAUCUAUUUCGCGAUUUAAACGUGCAGUGCAUCCCUCACGCCCGCUAGCACCGGUUUGAGCGGUACUCAAUUCUCAAAACUUAAUAAUGCUGGCAUCAAUGAUCCAGAAAGACCAGAAAAAUAUAACAACUCAAAUAAAUAAAAGUUUAAAGAAUGAAUAAGAGUUGUAUUAAUUCCAGCGUAGUGAAGAUUGCUACGACAAUAAUUUACGUAAAUCAUACUUUACUUAUUAGCAACUAUCAUUAAAAUAAAUAAAUGUUCAGUUAUAUUCUGUUAUUCUCAUUGUAUAAGCCUACACACUAUAUUGAUCUCAGCUUUUAUAUGACAUAUCAGUCGCAUUCACUUUAAAUUAUAUUAAUAAUAAAUUAGAUAUAACACCUUUAUUAUUAUAAUGAUCUUGUUUUUGUAUGUAUUUUGUGGUUCUUUGUUUUUGUUUGAAUUGUUUGUGACUUUUUUUUAUUUUUGCA